CCGACGCCGACGCCGACGACCGACGACCGACGACCGUGGUUAACCGUCACUUCCUCGGAAAGAACGAGUCGUCCUGUCCUCCCUCGCUAUUUCUAUUGUCGUGUUGCGCUUUCCCUUCCUGCUAUUUCGCCCUCGCUCCUUUCCUCCCAUCGCUGCCGCCACCAUGUCGAAGCUCUCUCCCGCCCUCAAGGCCGCAAUCAAUGCUCCAUUUGCCCGCCCUGGUCCCCUCCCCGCCUCGAAGAACAUUGCUGCCGUAUACUUAGCUAUCCAGCGCGAGGCUUCUUCCCACUCUCUCGGCGUGUUCCCAUGGCUCGCCCUUACCACAGCUGCGACAAUGACUGCUAACUCUCCUGCCUCUCUCACCCUCCUCCACGACCUCGCCUCGCCCAACCCAACCUCCGCCGUCCAAAACGCGACCUUCAUGCGCGAAGUCGGACUCAAGACGAUUAGUUUCAACGGCAUCCCACGCGCCCUCAACCAGCUCGUACACCUCCGUUCCGCCAUCCCCGCAGAAAUCGCCGCACAGCUCCCCACGACGCCGACGCGUACUCUCACGCCAGAAUCCAUUGAACAAGUGCAGCCGAGAGCGAGGGCGCUGUGGAAUUCGAUAUACGACCCUCAUUCCGACAAGCUCGUCGACAAGCUUGAGGCCGCACACCCCGACCUACCCGUCCACAUCCUUAGCAACCACUACGGCACGCUCCUUAGUGAUUUCCCAGGCGCGAAUAACCCUGCUGUAGGGAGGGUGCUCACCUCGCUCGUGGCUAUUGCCUGUCUACGCGCGCAGACGGGUGUAGGUCUGCAGGUGGUAUCGCAUGUUUAUGGGCUGCGGAAGGGCGUCGAGGAGGGCGGCGAGGAGGUGGGCGAGGGCGAGAAGUGGCUUGGUGGGGAGGAGGGGAACCUGUGGGCGCUAGGGGUUGUAGAUCGUGUUGUUCAGGCGAUUACGGGUGAAGGAGGUUCAUUUGCUACUUAUGAUAAGGCGAAGCUAUAAUGUUAGUGUAUAUGUAGAGCAUUUAGACCGCGCUUUAAAUACAUAUUAAGUCAUAAGGCAAAACUACAAAUUUUAGACCGCG